CGCUGUAGUUUUGCAGUUGCCUAGUAACGACUCAAACAAUACUACCUGAAAAAUAGUUAAAAGUAACACAACAAAGCUUUUUUCAAAUGAUGGAUGGGUCUAACCAAAUAGCUGGAGAAACUUUGCAAGACCUCUACGCGUGGAUAGACAAAAUACCACUUUCCAGACCAAAACGCAACAUAGCGAGGGAUUUUAGCGAUGGAGUUAUGGCUGCAGAAGUUGUGAAGCAUUUCUUCCCUAAAUUAGUGGAUCUGCACAACUACACAUCCGCACAUUCCACACAACAGAAGCUGUGUAACUGGAGCACUCUGAACAGAAAAGUUUUCUCCAAGCUCAACUUCAAUGUACCUCUGGACACAGUCAAGAAGAUAGUUGUCAGCACAGCCGGCUACAUUGAACCAGUUCUGUGCUCUCUGAGAGAGAAGAUAGAGGAGAGAAGAGCAGGAAAACUAUUAGAAGGCACACAGGACUUGGAAUAUUACAGCAUUACAAAUGGACAACCGGAAUCAGAGAAUCGUCAGGUUAUGGACAUCAUGCAUAUCAGUCCCACUAUUGUGAAGAAGGAAGAAAAAGUCAGUGAUGUUGCAAACCUGGGCCCAAAUGUGGAUCCAGCCUUGCGAUUGCUCCUGGAAGAAAAGGAACAGGCCAUUUUGGCUUUACAGGAGAUUUUUCAGAUUUUACAGAUGAAAGUAAACAGGUUGGAGCAUCUUGUACAUCUUAAAGAUCUUCGCAUUGAGGACCUGACCAAGCACUUAGAGAGAUACAAGGCCCGCAACAACACCUCAUGAACUUGAAAGCAUUUAAUUUUCAUUAGAUUGAAAAUCCUUUCUGACCAGUGAUUUGUUAGCACUUAGGAUAAGAGCAGAAUUCAGUGUCCUUCCAAACAGACCAUCAUACAGUAGCAGUUUUACUUAAACUUACCAGUAAAGCCUCACCUUUUUGUAUUAUUUUAGACAAAGUCCUAGAAUGUAGAUGGUUUACCAGCAUUAUCACUUGUGCUUAAGUUUUAUGUGAAAAUGAUUUUAUAAAUGUGUUUUUUUUUAGACAAAUCGUACAAAUGAAGAGAUUAUAAACAGAUUUAUUUAUUUGUUUUUGUUUUGUUUUUUUUUGAGAAUUUUACACUGUAGUUCACUAUGUUAUUAUUAUGCUAUAAGACUUAAUGCAUUGUACAACUAAAGUUUGCCAGUAUCAGGGUCUGCACAAAUAUGUGCCCCAUUAGCCCCCAGAUGAUAGGCUGAAAGCAGUUUAUAUUAAAGAAUAGAUUUCAACCUUUUUUUGGAACUGACUGAUUUUCACUUGUUGCUCUUCCUAUACUUUACAUAUGGCUUUUGUAUGCUCAUAAAACCUCUUGAGUACUUUUCACAUCACUAAUUCAUUAAGUCAGUGCAAUGAAAUAUGUAAAUAAAAAAUUGACGAUGGGA